AUUAGUAAUGAUAUGUAUCGGUUAUUAUCUUCUUCUUUUUUUUCAAAAAGUUCUGGACACAAGUUAAAUCCUCUCUCUGUAGCUGAUGAAAUUCGAGAAUCGAGAUGAUGCCUUGUAAUUGAUUUUUGCAAGCUCUCCAGCUCUCCAGCUUCUGUUUUUUCUUGCCUCAACUGCACCGACAACACUGCUUCAACCUGAAACUCAAGGUCAGCCUCAAGCUUCUUUUCAAGCUCACAUCAAAUCAACUCGCACCACAAAUUAACAAUCUGUUGGAUAGGUAGUGUGUUAAGGAAAUUAAAUUAGAUUUAGCUCACAGAUUUUAGAUGUUAUUAUUGUUGUGUCAUGAUCAAAAACUUUAGUUGCUUCUAUUUGAAUUUUGGAACAAUGUAUAGUUUCAUUUCAAUUUCUGUUUCAAAAAAAUAUAUUAUACUAUAUAAUUUUGGCUUUUAAUAUAUAUAUAUAUAUACUUUUCAUUUAUCAUCCAAAAUCACAAAAUAUAUCAUGGCAAAAAAACUUAGUUAUACAUAAGCCACGCAAUGGUCACAUCAUUUUCAUGGCUAAAAACUCAUUACACACAAAAUAAAAAAAUUGUGUCAUUUUCAUAACUAAUCAUCCACGAAAAUUAUAGUGGCAAAACGUGACUAGAAUAGCCACAAAAUAUUCAUGACAGCCGUAUAUAGUCACGAAUGUGUCAUGGAAAAUCAGGGUUUUUGGCCACGAUACCCACAAUUUAAAAUAGAUACGAACGUACAUCAAAGUUUUCGUGAUUUUUCGUGGCUAAACCUACAUAUAGCCACCUGCAUACAACCACAAAAAUUGAUCUAUAGCCAUGAAAUAAAUUGUGGCUAUAGCUGAUUAUUUUACUAAUGAUAGUUUUAAAUAUACUAAUAUAUAUCUAAUUAAUUUUUUAUUUGAAAGUGGAGCUUAUGAAGUGAAAACCCAUCAAAACAUUUCAUAUGGAUGUGCUUAGGUCCGGCUCGAAGUGAAGCCAAGAAGGAUUGAGAUUUAUUUCCAAGAAAGCUUGUGCGUGAAAGGAAUCUAAUAUUUCGAUGAUGUUUAUAAUUCAACGAUAUAUAAUAUGAAAUCCAACUAGAUCGCACUUAUAUAUAUAUAUAUAUAUAUAAUAUGGCACAUAUUCGUGGCGACUUAACAAAGUUAUGAGCCAUGCCUAGUUUACCAACUUUAACCAUACGACGGUCUCACGGACACGCAUGAAGACUAAAUCGUAGUAGUUUCCUUUUGAUUCCAUUCAUGCAUAAGCUUAUACGUAAACGCACACAUCACUAAUCCAAUUUGUAUACACUUUAGUGUUAAGUGUAUAUAUAAUCCAACGUUUAAUUAUUUAUUAUAAUAGUUGUGUUUGCGUUUAUUAUUUAAAAUAUUAUUAUUAAAAUAUUAUAAUAGCUCAGUGUACCUCCGGAUAUAGAUUGCUUCACAUGUGUUUCUUGUUUUAUUUGCUCCUUCUUAUCCAUUUCGCUCUUUUCUUGUUGUCAGCUUCUUCCCUUGUUGUAUUGCGUUUUAGAAAAUUUGCCCGGUUUGAGAAGAAGAAGAUGAAUAGAGAUAGAAAAAAUUUAAAAUGGAUAGGGUUCAUGUAUUUUGUUGCACAAUUUCUGUAGUUAAAUUCAUCUGUUAUCAGUUCUUAUUUGUGUAUUUUAAUAGAGAUGAGCUAUAUAUAGUAUUUAAUCAACUUAUAUAUUAAGAUUUUGAGUAAAAAAAUUCAAUAUGUAUACAUUAUAAAGGAAAUGUUUAUAACGUAUUAUGUGAAUCGAAUCAUCUAAUCAAUAAAUAAUUAACAAAAUUUAGCUGAGAACGGACUAUACAUGUGAAUAAAUAACGACUCCUUGCAAGAAUUAAGGCCACACCACCAGCUUUUCAAGUCUUCAAAGCAUUCCUUUACAAAACAUCUAUCUUUCUUCAUAGUAUCGACAUGGCUUGCGAAAACAAUCUCGUUGUAAAGCAAAUUAUCGACUUAUACAGCCAAAUCUCAAACCUAGAGAGUUUAAAACCAUCCAAGAGUGUCGACACUUUGUUCGGACAACUCGUAUCCACGUGCUUACCAACGGACACAGACAUCGAUGUCACAAAAAUACACGAUGAUAAAGUCAAAGAUAUGAGGUCUCAUCUCAUCAAGCUUUGUGGUGAAGCCGAAGGAUAUUUGGAGCAACACUUUUCCACAAUCAUAGGCUCUUUUGAAGACAACCCACUUAACCAUUUACACAUGUUUCCUUACUACAACAACUAUCUCAAACUAAGCGAACUCGAGUUCGAUCUCCUAUCUCAACACAUAAGCCAUGUCCCUACCAAAAUCGCUUUUAUCGGUUCGGGUCCGAUGCCACUUACAUCCAUCGUCUUGGCCAAGUUUCACCUUCCCAACACAACGAUCCACAACUUCGACAUCGACUCACAGGCGAACACACUCGCGUCAAGCCUCGUUUCUCGCGACCCUGACCUCUCUAAACGCAUGAUCUUUCACACGACUGAUGUGUUAAACGCUAAGAAAGGGUUAGACCAGUACGAUGUCGUUUUCUUGGCUGCUCUUGUUGGAAUGGAUAAAGAGUCAAAAGUCAAAGCUAUUGAGCAUUUGGAGAAGCAUAUGGCUCCUGGAGCUGUGCUGAUGCUAAGGAGUUCUCAUGGACUUAGAGCUUUCUUGUAUCCAAUCGUUGACUCUUGUGAUCUUAAAGGGUUUGAAGUGUUGACCAUUUAUCAUCCGUCCGAUGAUGUGGUCAACUCGGUGGUGAUCGCACGUAAGCUCGGUGGCUCGACUGAAGCUCGUAACAGCGAGAUCGGACGGUGUGUAGUUAUGCCCUGUAAUUGCUCGAAGAUCCACGCCAUUAUGAACAGUCGUGGUACGAUGAAGAAUAUGAUCGAGGAGUUUGGUACCGUUGAGUAAACAAACACACGACUCUUUUCUUGAGGUAUGUGUUUAUGUUUUGCCCUUUUCAGUUUUGUGUUAAUGUUUUUGUGAUGUGUGUGAUAUGUUUGUAAGUACAAUAAGUUUUUGAAUUUUGUGAGUUAUUUGGUGUUCAUCAGUUUGAAGAACACAAAACCCUUAUUGUAUGUGCUUUUAGAUUAUUAAAAUCAAUAAUAAAUAAAUUUGAGAACC